AUGCAUAUUCUCUGGGAAUUGAAAGAAAAAUUUAGAUGUGCAACUUUAAAAAGAAAGACAGAUAGUUUUAAAGAUAUAGCAAGAGACGUCACAAAUCUUGCCAUUCAUGGUUCAAGUCCUAUGGAAUAUUUUCCUGUUCUGCUUUUGGUAGAUGAUUAUGAGGAGGAUGAAAAUAUAUAUGUUCUGCAGAAUUGCAUUAGAACAGCCAUUGCUGAAAAGAACAUACAAUUUGAAAGACCUGUGGUCACCAUAUUGAACUGCAUGCGGUCUCAAACUCCAGUAAAAAGUUCAAAGGCAGAUUGUACUUCUAGUGUAGCUCUAGAGCAUAAACUGUCCCCUCAGGAACAGAGGACUUUUGAAACCAAACUAAAGGAGAUUGAGCAGCAUCACAAGAAACCAGAAGAUUUCUACUCUUUCAUGAUAAUGAAAAGCAAUUUUGCUGACAGCUAUAUUAGAAAUGUUGUGAGAAAUCUACUAAAAGGCUUAAACAGCGCUAGCAAAGAAGCCGAUCUUAUCUCUUUUUUAGCUUUGUUAAACAAAUAUGUUAAAAAUUCCACUAUUUCAGCUUCUAUGUGUGAAGAAAUUUUAGGAAUAACUGCAAAACAAACAUACUGGGGAAAUGAGAGCAUAGAAGACAAAAUGGGUACUUAUUGUACAAUCUUAAUCCGCACUGAGGUGGAAGAAUAUGGCAGAUAUGAAGGACUGCGUAUAAUCCACCCUCUCAUUGCAAGUCAAUGCAUAGAAGAGUUAAAAAUGACCUAUGGAAUACAGCAAAGUAAAAUUAUGUUGACUCUUUUAAAUACUCAUGUUGAAGGAAUCGGAAAAGAAAUGUUUUUUCAGAAUAUGCAAAGUAUGUUGGUCACAAGGCACAGAAAAGAACAUGGCGAUGAAACAGACACACUCUUUUCUCCAUUAAUUGAAGAAAUACAAAAAGAUGAGGGUAACGAGAGUGUUGAAACUGUUCUAAAAGAGGGAUCCCUCCGAUUCAACCAAUAUGCAUUCAUUUUCCAAGCCUUAGCACGGCACUACUACAUUAGAGAGAAGAACUUCAACUGUGCUUCAGAAUGGGCAGACAAAGCAAAAAAGAUUGCACCUAAUAAUUCAUUUGUUUUGGACACUUUGGGGCAAAUACACAAAACAAAAUUGAAAAGUAUGAUGGAUGAAUGUAACAAAAGACAUUCUUUAACACCAAGUGAGCUGAACUCUCUUCUAGAUAGCGCAGUUGCUGCCUCGGAAGCAUUUAAAGACUGUCAACAGCAAACAAGAAAGACAGAGUCUGAAAGAGAAGAAUCAGAAUGGACAAAUUCUAAACGGUACAAUGUGUAUAACACGGCAGGAUACCUUGGACAGAUAGAGGUAUGUCUUUAUACAAUAGACAUACUUUUUAGGUUACCAUGGUUCAACUCAAAAAAUAAGCUAUCUAAAAAUCACCUAAUUCAGUAUCUGUCUGGUAAAUGGGAUAUUUCAGUUGACAAAGACAGUACAAACCAUAAGGAAGUUUAUGAUAUUCUCAACGAGUUUAGGUACUUUCUUAUUAAAAUUAAAUCCCACUUACAGAUGGCUUUUGAUUUCUUCAAUGAUUACUUUGUACAUCUGAAACAAAAAAACAUUCAUAAGGAAAGUGCAGACUUUAAAAUACGUGAAAAAGUUGCUGACUACUUCAAAAAGUAUCGAAAGACCUUUUGUGAUCAAGAUCUCACUAAACUUUUAGACUCCCAAGCAGUUCAGAAAAGCAGCCCUUCACUGCAUUCUGAUUGUAGGGCCGGCAUCGAAGGUUACAAGGCUCACAAGUUCCCAGGAAUUCUAGAAUAUCUUACAGAUCAUGGAAAAGAUCGACAUGAGAUUGAAGUCAUAGUACGAGCAUAUGGAUAUUUACUAGAAAACCGUACAGACAAAUUUGUAAUAAGAGACAAAGAGAACUUCAUUCUUGCAAACAUUGUGCUUCGUUGUGUUUAUCCAAAUUCUAAACAAAUCUGCACAGAUCCGUCUUUAAAAAAAUACCUGAGAGAGAUUUUAGACAAAGUUGAUUUGAACCAUGAACAUUUAGAACCCUACUUUUUGGCACUGUUACUCUUCUGGCCUCAUAACAUGCAUGUUUUAGAUAAUGAUUCUAAAUACCUAGAGAAAUAUGUUCAUGCCAUGAGAAAAUCCUUUAGGGUGCAAUAUAAACAUAUGUGCAAUGCUAAACAAGCCAUUGCACAUUUCUACCUGGGAAAAGGGAAUGGAUUAAAAAGAUUAAUCCACAAAGGCAAAAUUGAUCAGCGCUUUUCUGAUGUUCCAAAUUUGCAUUCUCUCUGGCAGAAUGGAGAUAUAUGGAAAGAACAAGCAACAAAGGAACUCUUGCUGCGAGUAAAUGGCAGAAUUGAAAACAAUACAAUUUAUGUUGAAUGUGGCAACACAGAAAGAAUUAAGGUUCCCGUACGACCUGCCUACCUUGGACAGUUGAGAAGUGGAAGAAGUAUUGAACGAGUGUCAUUUUUCCUAGGGUUUUCCAUUGACGGCCUGGUAGCAUAUGAUAUAGAAAGCAUGUAAGCACAUUUGUGGAACCAUCUGGAUACUAGACCUCAAUUACAUUCAGGUCUCAAUUACAUUCAUAUGCUUCAAACAUGAAUACUCAUAUUCUGUAUUCUAUGAUUAGCAAUCCUACAGCCUUCGUCUUCUGUAUAUUCCUUAUCUAUACCUAUAAUAUUUUCUAUUUAAGAUAUCAGAGAGAACAAAGAAACAAUAAGCUCUCUUCAAGUAAUAACUAAGAAUACAUAUUAAUGCACAGAUGCACAUUUACAAAUGGCUAAUGGAUUCACUACGGAUUACGGAUUCUUAACAUAUAAAAAAGAGUGACACAAGUCACAUGCAUUGCUACAUGUAUACAAUAAACUAAAUUAUGUACAAUCUGCUUAACAAAAAAAAAUAAAUCAACAUUUAUCCAUAUUUGCCAAUUGCAUCUGAAUAAGUUGGACUUCUUAAAAUAGACUAUAACAAAAUAUGCCAUUCCCAAUUAUGGAGGUCAGACACUCAAUUUGAAAACAUAAUCACUAGGGCAAAACCUCCAUCUCAUACUUUUUAUGUCCUUUACUUAUAUUUGGAGUUUGAACUUCUUUAAAAACAACUAUUUUUGUUAAACUGCAAGAAAUUGAAUUAGGUUCAACGCUGACCCAGGAAAAUAGUAUGCUACAUUCUCUUUGAUCCUUUUUUUUAAAAAAAGAGCAAAACCAGGUUAUCAAUGAGGCGCUACUUGCAGCCACCUAAUGCUGGGCUCAGACUGGCGCUCUGUGAACCCUUGCCUGGGCUAGGAUUUUCAUCUCUGGCAUUGACAGAGUCCUCCUUGAGCCAGAAGGUAGAUCAAAUAAUCUCCAUGCUUGGCCCUUCACCUGCUCAAACACGCAAAAGCCUCAGCCUCUUUAACAUACAGAACACUCAACUAACACCUAGAGGCACACACAGAACCCCUACAAAAAGCUAUCAGCCAUCUCCACACCUACCUUCCUCUCUUGUAUACAAACUCCACAAAUUGCCUCCUUCUAUCUCUCCUCUUUGGUACCCCACUAUACACCCACCCACCCACCCACCCUUACCGUUACCUCUUUUAUAACUCAUUCCUCUGGUUGACUACCUUCUGUUUACCUGAUCUGAUUCCUUCUAAAUAUUUGUAUCUCCCAACCUAGGCAUCUUUCAUUCUUAUCCCUACCUUCCCAAGCAAUAAUCCAAUUAGUUUUGCUGAGAAAAAUAUAUACCAUAUCUCAGUGUAAAUUUUAUUGCUAUGUAACCUUUCUGUUUAUUUAUUCUAUGUAACCUUUCUGUUCUUGUAUGUUCAAUAAUUUACUGUAAUUGUUCUUUAAUCUAACACGAUUUAUCCUCUAAGUAUUUUAAUUAAGUACCGUAUUUACUCAAAUCUAAUGCACACCUUUUUAUGGAAAAUAAAGUUUGCAAAAUUUUAAUGCGCAUUAGAUUCGAUGGAGCAUUAAAUUGGGGGCAAAAUUCUAAAUUUUCUGGCAAAUUUUAUUCCGGCGAAUUCACACAGGCGAAUUAAAACUGGUGAAUUCACACAGGCAAAUUUAAUUUCUGCAAAUUCACAUAGUCAAAUUUCUUUCUUGAAAGAGGGCUUCAAAAAGAAUAUACUUAACAUGUGACGCUAAAAUUGAAACACCAUCAAGGUUACUCUGGUAUAUGGCAAUACGUAUUUUCAUUGUAGCACAAUGUUGUACGGUAGUAUCUUCUUGUAUAAAUGUGCAUUACAUUCCCCAGCAGAAACAUUAUUCAGCUUUCCAGGUUUCAAAAAUUGAGGUGCGCAUUAGAUUCAAUGGUGCAUUAGAUUUGAGUAAAUAUGGUAUAUUGCAAUUCAAUGACUUAUUAAAAUGUUAUUUUUACUCUAUGUAACUUGCUCGGAUAAGGGUGCUAUUGUUAAAUACAUAUUAAAAGAAGGUUUUCUUUUUUUCUUUAAAAGAUAGUAUUUGAAGGGGAGUCGUCAGUUUUCUUACACAUGUGAUGCUCUAUUUUCUUUAAAAUGUAUAUUAACGAUAUAGGAUUUUACAUCACAAUCCAGUUAAGUCCAGGCACAGCCAUGGCACACUAUGCAUUGAAGGUAAAGAAACAUAAACAUUGUUUCUCCUCCUCUUCUCUUUAUCUCUCCAUGCCGGGGGUGGGCAAAAGAUAGCUCUCAACAUGCUUUAGAACUACAACUUCCUUGAUGCUUUUACUAUUCUUUUUUUUUUUUAUAUAUCUUUUUAUUUAGAUAGGAGAGUCCAUUCGUUAACUUUGUAAAAAGGUUUGCGUAUCACAUAGUAGUUCGGGACUCGCAGGUCUGCGUCAAUUAAAAGUGAAACUGUGUAACGUGCAGGUUCCAUGAACAUUCAAGUAACAUGCGAGACAUGCAAGUCUCAAUUUUUCUUUUUCAUUUUUUACAUGUCCUUAUUAUUAUCAUGCAGGGACUUGAUCUUAACUUGCGGGCAGUGUCCCCAACGGCACAUAUUGGGACAAGAGAAAGCAUAACAUAGAUAAUCAUACAGUAGGCCAGCGUUGUGGGUACACUGCGCUUUUUAAGGGUUUGUUUGAAUAGUGAACUUAGCAUGAAACAAGACAUUUUUAUUUAAGUACAUUCAAGUGAAGAAGGCAGGUGUAGCCAAUAGUAUCAUGAGUUAUGUUGGUUGUAGGUAUCAAAGCUAGUCUUUCCGUCGUGAGGUGAGGUGGGUUUAGUUUGAAAGUAAAGCUAUUUGAUGCGGAGCUAGCGAACGGAGCAUGUUCGCGUACUUGGCUCAAGUCUUACUGAUUGUCCCUUCGACAUUGCAAAGUGCCGUGAGAAACGGUCAUAUGGUGUGUUGACUAAGCGAGGUGAGUUAGUCCAUGUGUCAAUUGACAUAAAGGUGGGUAGAAGGCUAGGUCUCACAGCUUUUACUAUUCUAUAGGCUGUCAAGCGUUAUUGGAGUUUUACUUCUACAACAUCUUACUUCUACAACAUAUUGCUUCAGAGCUUAGAACAAAGACCGAGAGAGAGACAAGAUGCAGGAGCUCAGUUUCAGGGUAGAGCAGUGAUGAUUUCUACAUUUAACUUCACAAACACAUACUUGCUAAACAGGACGGGGUAGCUUAACAAUGUGAAAAAUCUUGAGAAUUGAUGGUUCCCCUUUAAGAAAUGCCUACACCUUCUGUUGAUCUGUUGUAAAAAAAAAUGCAAUAAAGAUUUCUGUCUAA